AUGUCUUGUAGCCUCAUUGAGGCCAAGUUCCAGGCGCUGGACCGCACCAUCAAGAUGCUGUCCAAGUCGAAAAAUCAUCGGACGCCUGAAGUUGCGUCAUCGGAGCAGCUUCGUGAACUUGUCGAAACGAAACCCACCUCUCUUCUGCCUACCAUAAAGCCUGUCAAAGACUUAGAGGUCACACGAUCCAACCAACCUCACUCUAGGACUAAUAGAAAAAGUCGAUCGUUGCCGAACACCGCUCGCGAAGAGAAGUCAGAGAAGAAGAGUGAACAGUGGCCACCGCGACCUAGUACUGGAAGGAGAUAUUCUCGCCAAAGCGCAGCUAAAGUAUCCACAGAAAAGUGGGUUGAUCCGAAGCAGAAGCGUGCGGAGCAACUACUGCAGGAUACAUGGAAUGUUCCUCGAUCGAAAUUGUUAAACGACAAUUAUCGAGACGAGAAUCAAGAACAAGACUCGAAUCCAUACGAAGAGCGCGUCCAAGAUGAACUUAGUAGUAACCAGAUUCACGACGAUUUAGAGACUUGUAGUGCAGCUGUACACAAUGCACUACCACUGCCUAAAAGACCUUUGACGUCUGCGGGCUCUCAUCCAAAAAAGACUGUCGAGACCGCUCCUAAGACGAAGCGCAAGAACCGUCCCAGGACUGCCAUCGGGAAAGGCAGCAAAGAUAAUAAAAAAAGUGUUGAACCUCCAUCCCCGCCACGCCCUGAGGUGGAACCAACACCGAAAUUAGUCCAGGUUGAAGUCAUUAGCGAACCAGACAGAAAAUACCCUCCUGCCGUCCCAAAAGCCGACGAUCCGACGUUCUACAUGCUGGAGUUGAGGCUAGACCAUCCUGAACCUUUGGCGAAUUGGCGAUUCCAGGCAUCUUUCACAGACACCUCGGUUGACCCUUCCAAGACAGUUAUACUGGACGAUCUUAUGGCGGAUGGCGAGAACUGCUUGCUCUUCGAUGACCCGCGACUACCACCAGGAUCAACCCCAUCUCGAUUUUUCAAUCCGUUCUUGUACUUCCCUGGUCUAACUAGACCGAGUGAUUUGUAUGGACAUGUUUUACGUAUCAUCGUGACAUCACUUCGACCAGUCACGCGUACUGUGAUCAACACGUCCGUGCAAUUCACAUAUUCUCCAGACGAAGCUGUUGUGAAGCCACCGGUACAGUCGAUCCGACAACGCUCAGAAAAUGUAGCCACCCAAGACGUUCGAGUCUUACCGCAACGCAAUAGAUCUGCUUCUUCCGCAUCGAGGCGAGGAGUUAAGGUGUCAAAAGUCCAACAGAAGAAGACGCCGAGGCUACUGCAAAACAAUAACCACGAAUCGAGUACGAGUAGUCUUGCUAUGGACCAGUGCAAUCCCUGGUCUUCAAGCGAGCAGAAUGACACCGACGCUGAUGAUCACCAAGCAUAUACGCUGGGACAAAUGUUUACACUGUAUCUUGAUGAGCCUCGACCGCCAUCCCCCACCACACCCACCCGAAAAGAUCCAAUACCAGAGAACUUGACCCGGUCUCCUCAGACGCCCAUAGCCACCAUCGACAAGAAGAAAAUGCAGCUGCAGAGUCUGCGCGCAAGUAUGCGGAGAGAAAUGAGCGAGCACAAGAUCGACAACUGCAACUUGUAG